GUGGUGACGCCGACAGAGGCCGGUCGCGUGCUGUUGACGUCCUGUGGCAUGGCGCACCUGCUCUGAGCGUCCCCGCCAGCCGACCGUCAGCGAUCACCCAGAGAGCCAGCAUGGCCGCGCGCAGGUCCAUGAGGCCAUCAUGGACCGGCGGCGCUGCCCUCGGCGCGCUGCUCGCCGCAGCCCUCAUCGGAGGAGCCUUUUGCCACAGAGCAGAGAGAGCGGCAGAUAUUGAAGUGGAAGUGAAUGGUGCCCUUACGACGUCCAAAUACCUGACCACAACCCGUCCUCUGCCGACCGGCGUGCUCCUGUCCUCGGCUCCCACGUUCGUAUCCGAUGGCACCACCUCCGAGUACACGACACUCGUCGUCGGCACCGUGGCCAACGGCUACUACUCACGCAUCGUCAGCACCGCCGAGCGCGUCUUCUACGCCAUCGCGCGCACCGGAGAGCGGCCGCAGCCGACCGGGGUGGUCUCCGAGGCGGUCAACACCGAGGUGCACGGCGACGCCACGACCGUGCACCGGACGCGCUUCAUCCGCACCUCGCUCGGCUCCCACUACGGCCAAGUGAUCGAGCGGACCAGCUCCGUGCUGCCGCAGCUGGAGAGCAGCACUCAGGAGCCCGGGCUGCCCACCCUCACCAUCGGCAUGCCGAUCAGCUACCCCAGCAAGGCGCCGCUGGUCACUGAGCUGCCCGAGGAGGUGAACGAGGUGCCCACGGCGCGGCGCGUCGUCCAGGGCGAGGAGGUGAUCAUUGUCGACGAGGAAGUGCGACCCUCACCCCCGCAGAGGCGCUUACCUACGUACACCGCCGACGAGGAGGGCUCUCUGCGCCUGGACGAGCCAGUGGUAGUCGUACCCAACCGCGCCUCUUUCCAGAAGACACAGGCGCUUCUCAACGAGAAGGUCAACAAGAUGGUCAAGGAUCUGAAUCUAAAGGAGGGUAGCAACCGCGAGUCUCGUGACUUCAGUGACCUGGAGACAAUCGAGAUCCUGGACCUUGAUCUGGCUCUGAGUGGCAGCGAGCUGACCACCGUCACGUACGUCGGCUUCUCCGACUUCAUCACCACUAUCGGCAGCACUGUGGUGGUCUUCAUGCCUCAGUCCGCCGGCGCCGAGCAGAUCCGCUCCAAGAUCAGCAGGACUGCUCAGUUCGUGGGUCCCACGCGUGCCGGCAAGAGCGUGGUGUUGAGCCGUGCCCCUGUGUUCGUCCCGGACCAAGGAAAUGUCAUCACAACCACCCGCACCUUCGCAUCAAACGACGCUACUUCCACGGUGACCCCCGACUCGGAGGCCACGAACGAAAUUGCUGAGGAAGCUGCGCCAGUGAAGGACGAUGGUGUGCUGUCCACUGCCAGCACCCGCGUGUACAACACCGUGGACCUGUAUCCGACCGGUCUGGUGACCUCUAUCGGCGGCACUGUGGCUCGUGAGAAGGUCACCACUGUCUUUACUACACUGGUGUACGGUACCUUCAUCAAGGGACGUUACGCCAAAGUGGUGAAGAGCACGUCUAGCAUCUAUUUCCUGGUGUCGAAGACGGCCAACGUUGAGCCUACCGCGGUCGUGCAGUCCGCGUCCACCAUCGCCGUCGACAGGGGCAACCUAGGCAGGGCCGUCGGCAGCAGAGCUGGAGCACAGGUCAUUGUUGGCAGUGCAGAAGAGGCUAAGGCUGCUCUGAAACAGUCUCAACAACUGGAAGGAAGUCUGGCUCCGUCAUCCGCCCCGCCUCUCUUCUCCUCACAAGCAGAUGGUGAAGAGGAAAAGUCGGUGCUGAAAACGUAUUACACGACGUUCACUUACUACACCACGCUUUCCAGUGGUGACCAGACUGAGGUGAAGACCAGUCUGAGCACUGUGACCAGUGUUGCUACGGAAGAAUUACCCCGUCCGGCGCUAACUUACUUCACAACGUUCACAUACUUCACUACAUCGAGUGUUGACGGCAAGGAGAUCGUUUCCACGCGAUAUGAAACCAAGUCACAGAUCGCAGAGCCAACAAAGGCGCCAACUUCCACAGCGGUAGCGCCAGCCAAACUUGUUACGAAGACAUUUUUCACAACUUACACGUACUUUACCACCUCACACUCUGGUGAGAGUAGCGUCGUCCAGAGCCGCCUGGUGGUCAGCAGCAACGUGGUGACAUCGACUGUGCCCAUCUCUGCCACUGCCACCUCCAACAGCCCCGUCAAGUCUGUGGAUCCCACGUCUGCGACUCCAGCCAUUCAAUACAGCACUGGCCUCCUCUCGUCGCUCGUUUCAUCAGAGGUCAACGACGGUGUCACCACCAUUUCCUCGACGGGGUACUUCGGCACCUCAGUGCAUGGACUGUAUGCCCAGAUAAUCAAGAGUACUACCAUGACUAUUGACCCAGCAUUGACACCCAGUUCUGUGGCGCCUGUUGCAGCCACUCCUGUCUCCGAGACGGCUGCUAUAAGCACUUUGUCGUCUCAGAAUCCCUCUGUUAGUGCAACUCCCACAUUGGACAAUCCAGCCUCCGAAACUGAUCCGAGCUCUGCUAUUUCCACGUCUCCUAAGAAGCUCCUAUCAUCCAUCAGUGCUCAGAUUUCCUCGAGCGCUGCAUCUUCUUCCAGCCGCAUUCAGUCAACCAACCGCAGCUUCCUUCCUUUCCGGACGUCCACGAAGCGUAAAUCCAGCGGCCUGCUUGCCCUUCUAGCAGCCAAAAGGGCAGGAUUGGGAGCACCUGAGCCGACUUCAGAGCCCACUAAACCUGAGCCUACAAGCACCGCAAACAUCAACUCACCUUCACCCGUUGAGGACGCGGAGGCGACUGAAGCUCCACCUUCUCCAGUUUUGGAAGAAGAGCCUGCACCGACCUCCACCGAGCGACGUUUCCCAUUAAGGACGCGCCGACCGUUCCCAGGACUUAGAAGACCGGGCGGUCGUCCUGGUCUACGCGGUUUGUUUAAUCGAAACCAGCCUGAGGAGGAGGAGGAAGUGACUGAGCCGACUCAGGACGAAACCACCACGGUUGCCUCUGAAGUAGAAGAAGAGCCCGUUGAUCCUACGGAAGAAGUCGUAAUCGAGGAAGUAAUUGAAACGACCACCGAAGCAGUGACUACUAGGCCCCCUCGUGUCCUCGCUUUCGGCAGAAAUCGAUCAGUUGGCGGAACCCGUAACGCAUUGCCUCUGCGCCGUCGCCCAAAGCCUGGCGGAAGGGGUGGUCUGAUAAGUCGCUUCUCUUCGGUGAUUGCUGGAGGAGAAGAGACCACCACGACAACUACUACGACCACUACCACUGAAGCUCCUACAGAGCCCCCGACUGAGCCUCCUACUGAACGUCCCACAAAGCCUGAAGAGCAGGAGGAACUGACUGAAAUCACUCCAAGACGAGUUCGCGGCCGCGGUCGUGGACGUUUGGCCGUGAGGGGGCAGCCUCAAACCAUUAGGCGCACUGUGAGAAGAAGAAGGCCUAUACGUGGCAGACGGAGACGACCGGUGGAAGAAAAUGAUCUGCAAGGCGCGGGAUCUGAAGUAUACGAACAAUACGUCGCCGCCGAGCCGCUUCCGGAGCACAACAAUUUUUUUGAACAGAACCAUUUUUUAGAUGAUGCUGGUUCCGAAGUAGCUGUGGUCGUCUCUGACGUCGACCCCCUUCAGGCUGCCGCCGAAGGCGCGAUUCUGUCGCGCACCAAGCGUCAGUCCAGCUUCGGAGCCAGGAGCAGGUCCCGCGCCUCUCGCGGGGAUUCUCUUUCAAAGCAAGAAACACUUAUCGAGGCAGCUGAUCACUCUGUCUCGUCCACUGGUACUCGUGCCCGGCGCCAGAAUCGCGGUCGCACUAGAGCCAGAAACAGUCGUCAGUCAGAGGCAAACAGAGGGCGCAACGUCGACCCUACGCCAUCUGAGGACACCAAGGAGAAGUUCACCCUGACAUCCGGUCGGUCGCGCGGCUCGUCACGCUCACGCUCUCGAACAGGCUCCUCUCGAACCUCGUCUAGCAGCACGCGCAGGGCCAUUCCGGGUUCUAGAAGAAAUCGUCCUUCGUCUAGUUCAGGAAGCGGUUCUGGUCUCGCAGUAAGUCUCCGCCAGCGUCUCCAGCAGGCUCAGGUGGCAGCUGCGGGCAUCAGUGAACCACCUCGCGCCACGACCCCAGAGCCAGCACCAUCACGUGGCACAUCCAGCCGUGGCUCAUCCUCACGCCGGCCCUCACCACGUGGACCGUCCGGCAGCCGCAUUCGGCAGCGUCAGCCUCUGUUCGGACAGGAUCGCACUCGCGAUCCUCCAGAUCCUGAGCCCGAGAUCAUCCCAACGCCCGUGCUGGACGAAGGUCAGAUCAUCGUAGUCUCCGCUGAGCAGGUGGCCGUCUCCAUCCCAGUUAUAGCUGAUGGCCGGACGUCGUUCCGCGAUGUGUUUACGGCAAACACCGUCACCAACACCCUGGAGCCGGGCCAGUACACGGAAACUGAGGUAAAUGGUGAAAUGCGCACGCACGUAGGAACAAAAACGGCUGUUGGAAGCGGCGGUCAGACCGAGCUGUCCACCCUUUAUCUAAGUCCCACUGAAAUCAAGACAUCACUCCGUAUUCCCACCAAGAUUCGUGGUCGCAUCUCCAACGUGCGUUCGACCUACACACAGCCGGGCUUUACCGUCGUGCCCGAAGUGAACACAGUGAGCGCCGCUCAGAUUCAGCCAUCCCCGGCCUUAGCUAACAACAACAACCCACUGACUGCCCUUCUGCAGCAGCUACUGGCCAGUCAGGGUCAGCCGGCUCCUGUGCUGUCUGGCUCAUUUAACGCCCCGGUGGCUGCGCCUCCACAGCAGGCCUUCCGCACGGUCAGCUACACCACGUCAUACGUAACCACUGUGACUGAGUCGGACUUCACCACGGUACCGAUCUUCUUCCAAGGCAGAAAGACCCACACAGUGAUCAUCAACUCCGACGUACAGGUGAUCACUGCCACGGAGGUGAUAACCUCCACCGAGAGGAUCCCGGGACAGACUGCCGCCCCGGCUGCCGCGUUUGGUGGUCUCGGCGUCGGCCUGGGCGCUCUCGGUGGUCUGACGCCACAACAGCUGCUGCUACAGCAACUGUUGAAUCAGCCUCCCAGGCUGCAGCUGCCCGCCAUCCAGCCGACUGCCGCACGAAGUUUGUUACCUCAGAGUCAGCCACCGCCACAGCUGGAAGAGCUGCUGCGCCAGGCGACGGAAGUGGACCAGCAGCAGCCCGCAGCCCAACAGCAGCCGGCCUCCACGUCUGUCGUCACCAUCUUUGUCAGUGGCUCCAAGCCUGGUGAAUUCUUCACGCGGUUGUCGACAGUGACGCUGGACGGACCUGAGGUGACUCGCAUCAAGCGGGGUCAGCUGCCGACCGCAGCAGUACGUCCCACAGAGAUACCGGCCUUCAUAGAGACCGACCAAGGCCUUUUCAAGGUACCAAAGAAUGCACAAGUUUUCGGCGACCUUGAUUUCUACGUUAUGUCAGCGAUGAAUGAGAUUGAACCAGACAUGAUUAAACUUGGCGCCACUCAGACCUUGGAAAGCGUUAAGGGGAGCAAGGCAACUCGGUAUCGAGAAAAAAUAAUUGACGUGGCGCCAUCGCUCACGGAUCGUCCCUCUUCUAAGACGAAUUCUUUUUUAUGGGAGGGCCCCGCUGAGUCUGCCCCACUCAGACGGGAGAAGCGCCAAGCCACCAGGGGUCGCGAUGGAUCUAACGGCAAUGACCCGGAAUUCGCUCCAUUGAACAAUGCUCAAGUCCGACGCAUCAAAGCACCGGAGUUUACAACCUAUACUUAUGAUAACACGGUGACCGAUGAGUUUGGCAGUAUUAUUGUGAAGAGUACGCAGCAUGUGCUUCCGAAACUCAGAACAUAUAGCAAUAUCGAGUUUGUGGAGCUCACAAAACUCGGUGCCAAACCUACUUUAUCAGAAAACCUAUUGUUUGGCAUUCUACAAACUGAGGUUGAUUCAAUUACCAAGACGCUUACGGCACGUGCAUCUGCUCGAAAAUCGCUCAGAGGCGGUCAGUAUCGGUCUAGUGGACUUCAGACUGCCAGAAGAACAAGCGCCUCAAGUCGUCAAGGCAAUCGCGGAAGAACAAACAGCGUUGCCGGCUCAAAUGCUGCUGUAAGAAACGAAGGAAGCGUUAACGUUAGUAGAAAGAGGAAUCCGCUGACUGAAAAGGAUGAGAAAGCAGAUGCUACAACAUUACGCUCAUCCUUUCAAGAGGAGAUAACAACAGCUAUAGAAGGACCCUUCUUAACAACUCCUCUUCCACCAAAAGAACAGUUGCUCCCCAAAAAUGAUGAUAGCGAUGAGGUAAAUAACAAGAUUACUUUAGAGAAGAAUGGACCAGAAGAUUUCCCAGGCCCUUCGUUUUCAAGGGGAAGUAGACGUCGUGCUCCGAUUGAAAGUAAGACAAAACAAGUGUCUCUCCCCAGUGAUGUUACCAUAUCAACCUCUUCCAAACCGCUGACAUCAGGUGCUGACGCAGAAAACGUGAUUCAAGAUGAUAUCCAGCCAACAACUCGUGGUCGUCGCGUUCGGGUACGCACACGUGAGAGAAAACCACAAACAAGUGGAGGUGCAUUACCUUCAAAUCAGAGUAGGUCAAGGAAUUCUGAAAGUGGUAGCGAGAAAACACCAUCUCAAAACUCUCGUGCAGAAUCCAGCAAUGAAUCAGAAAACAUCACUAGCAGGAGAACGGCGACCGUUUUGAGUCGUGAAACCAUAAGAAAUACAGUAGUUCCUGUGCAAGGGUCAACAAAGCGAGGAAGAGGGCGAUUUCGAGCAAACAGCUUCACGACAAAGCAGCCAGUAGUCAGACCUACACCUGAUACCCCUAGGGAGAUCGAACUUUCGACACCGGCAAACUUGAAGCAAGGUGUUUUGACAGAUGGUGGGAUCAAAGCAUUAGAUUUGUCCGAGAUUUCCAAAGAAGAAAAUAGACCAAGAACUGUUUCACCUGAAUCCACCGUACAAACGACAUCAAGCAACAAUAUCCCGAGUAUUUCGUCGUCUACAACUGCCUCUCUGCCUGAAUCAGAUACAACUUCCCCAGAGCUUUCGUUGAUAGACGACAUCGACACGGUAGAAGACAACGAAAUAAUUCCAACGGAGGCAACAACACCUCUUCCUGUGGAAACUAAGCCUACUAGGGGACGUCGGGUGCGAGUGAGAACUCGCCUGGUCGGAGGAUCCAAAACAAGAAAACAAACUGGCUCACUGAAACCCGAUAGUGUUGCAGUUGACCCGAUUGAAGAAACAACUGAACCAAAGCAAAGUGAAAAAGAGCCGGAACAAGAAGACGACGCGGACAAAAAACAAAGCAGUGAAGGGAGGGUCAGUGGUGUUUCAUCAGCGCCAUCAACAUCCCGCCGUCCGAGUUCUAGGAGACGAGUAGUUUCCCGAGCACGUCAACGUGUCAGAACCAAAAUCAUCAAAACGUCAAAAGAUUCCCCUUCAUCUGCGACCACCGAGGCAACAACAGAGGUGACAGCCGCGGACACCAUUCUUGACGUACCCCAGUCAACUUCCUCAGCUGAUCAACGCAGGAUCCGUGUCCGUCUUCGCCGCCCUACGACAGAGUCGUCAUCUCCAGCUUCAUCGAUAUCGCUAGACUCCGCUACCAGUCUGAAUGAAGGGCAUAGCUCAACAACAGUUUCAGACAUCAAUGAGAUAGAAGAAAUUGAACAUACAACAAGUUCUAUUUCUGCCAGCCGAACAACCUCGACUGUCUCUCAGAGAACGGUACAACGGGGAACCAAUCGGAGCCAAUCUGAGAGUCGCACUCAGUCUAGCCUGGCAAAUCCUGCAACAUCCCGUCGGAACUUAAGACGACGGCCUACCCCAGCCAGUGCUGCAGCAACGACUAAGCGCCCUGGUGUAAGAACAGGAAUAAAGAGAACUUCGGUGAUCAGGAGGCGACCAGUGCAACCAAAAGAGAAAGAUGAAGUUGAGCUUAGUAAUGUAACUGAAAAUGCAUCCAGCGUUCCCCUUACACCUCAAAGAGCAGCAUCUUCUCGUCGUGGAGGCACCAGAAGAGUUACACGAGUGAGAACCGUGGUGACGCCAACCAAACAAGUGACUACAGAACGCAUUACUGAUUCUGCAGGCGACUCUAACUUAGAGUCGCUUGAAGAAUUCGAAGUUGAUUCGCCAGCUGAACCAUCCCCAGCCAAAGAAAUUAACAGCCUUACGGCACGGAAAGUUCCCGACAGCAGAGAUUCAGAAGACAGAGCAACUAACACUGCGAACAGACUCGGUGCUGGGAGUUCCUCUACUGGAGAUACAACAGACGCAACUACAAAUCUUGUGAGAAAAGUAAAAAAGAUCAAAAAGAUAGUGGUAGGUCAAGGAACUGAGUCUCAAGAGGAGAUAAACGAGAAACCUGAAAAUGCAAACAGGGCGUCACUGUUUUCGGCUCCGUCAUCGCCAAGAAAAAUUAAAAGCGAGGAAGACCAAGGCUCCAAUGAGGCUGCUGAUAGAAAUGUAAAGCAAAGCUUCAGCAGGCGACGCAAGGUGAAACGAGUAAAAUCUGUUUUCGUUCCAGACGAAGAAACUAAAGCUGCUGACCAGUUGCACAGUGUGAAACCGACAUUAAGACGGCAACGAGUGCGUGUCACCCGCACUCGCACAGUGGCUCGGGUUGCAACUUCCAUAACCAGUGCUGCGGUGCCUAAGAACGAUAGAGAUUCCAGUGGUGCGACUGACAUCCGAGCUCAGACCCCUCGGAGGCAGAGAAUACAGGUCACCAGACCUAGAGGUGGGCUUCGCCCCUCCGUGACACCGACCAACGCUCCGGAAGUUGUGUCUAGCCCGACUGAAGCCACAACGCAGCUGGGAAGCGGCAGAUUCCGGGAAAGGCCAACCGUGUCCACCACAAGAAGCCGAUCGAGAGGCAGAGUAACCUCGCGGCCAAUAAGUCAGGAGGAUGGUGCCGAUUCUGAUAUUGCCACAGAAAUUUCUACCAACUCGCUGUUCGAUAAGGACACCUUGUCAGAAAACGAUACACUGGAUAACGAGGUUUCUACUCCUUCCAAGGACGAGGCAGCUUCUGUGUCGACUUCUGAUGCACCAAAAGUACAAAGAAAGCGAGUUAGGAAAUUGAAAAGAAAGAAAAUAAUUGAACCAGCUCAGUCAUCAGACUUUACUACAGAAUCUCCUCUUGAAGAGAAUCCAACAGAUAGCGCAGUGCGUCGUGGAAGCCGUCGACGCGUUGUGAAGGUUCGUCGACGAUUCCCUACAUCAGUAGCCGCCAGUACUUCUCCAGACGAUGCAACAGCUGAAGACGAAACCACCAGAACGCCAGCAUCUGCUGACGAACUUACAGAUACCACUUUGGAAGCCACCACUACAGAUACCACCUCGUCAGAGUCAGUUUCUGAAGCAGAGGCCUCGACUGAAAUCACAGACACGGUCCGAACUACGGAAAGGCAGAGCCGAGACCCAAAUCUGUUCAGUCGCUUCAAUCGUCGACGAAGGCCUUCUACUGGUGCUUCACAGAACACUGUCGGUGCACGAUUAGACCUGCCAUCUGGCCGUGAUAGUCGCAGAAACAGACUAAGACGUCCUGCAUCUUCGGUGACCGCUACUGAAGAACCUGAUGUUAUUCUGUCGACUGAAGAGCAGGUUGAAGCCGCUACCGAGGUAGUUGAUAUCCAAGAGGAAUCAACGACGACCAUUGCCACGACUACCACCUCCACCACCACCACUGAAGGAAGUGAAGGCCUAGCUGAUCUUCGCUCAAGGGUAAGACUGCCCUUCCGUUCUUCUCGUCGCCGACAGAGACCAACAGCAUCUGAAGAGACGACAGCGGACAAUGACAACUCCGCAGAAGCGGCAGAUGAAGUGGAUGACGAAGUGGACAUUACCACCACUACCACUGAACGCUCUAGAAGCCUGUCUGGGUUCCGCUCCAGGAAUCGUCUUCCAAUACGUCCGAACCGACCCUCCCGUCCGUCUCGUCCUCAACGACCGAGAUUACCAGCACUAACGGAGGAGAGCGAAGAAGGUUCUGUGACUACCGACAGUCAAGUCGUCAUUGAUGAGCCAGCUGAUGUCACUACGGAAAGGACAAGAGGACGUUUCCGACUGGGCAAUCGUCGUCCGUCACGGCCAACCCGUCCGUCACUUCCGCUGCGACCAACACCAUCUCCACGCCGCAGACCUCUUCUCCGACUCUCGGACGAGGAUAGCGGUGAAGAGAUUGACAGCAACAGCAAUGUCGAUUCUACCACUGGGGAGCCUGAUUCAAGACCAGACCGCGUACGGCUCCCUUUCAGGCAAUCUACUGAGCGGCGGCGUCCGACCCGACCAGCAUUGUUUGGACGACCUCGACGACCUUCUGUUUUCCAGAGGCUGGCUGGUGCAGUUCCAUCUGAGGACAGCGCAGCUCGCAUUCCCGAACGCACAGUGCCACGAACCUUAGAUCAGAGAAGGAACGAAAACGAGCUUUUCGCUCAACGCCGACCCAGUUUGCCGAGCCAACAGGAAGCAGAGGAGGAGGAGGAGCAUCAGUUCCGCCCCGCAACCACCUCGCGGCCACCUCUGCGGCAGAACAUAGCCCCUGAAACUCGGCGACCACUCGCUACCGCAGCGCCGUCCUUACCAGACGAUGAGAGCAUAGACGAAGUAGAGACUGAAGACUUCUAUGAAGAAGACAUUCAGGAUGACCAGAUAGAAAAUGGUGUAUCGGACCCAGAGUCAGGCAGUGAAGAAGACAUCGUUAGUGAAGAUCUUCCCAGCAAUGUGGUGUACCGCAAGUUCAGCACUGUCAGGCUGGUGGAGAUCCUCGGCGGUCGUCAGACCUUGACACUGCCUGUGGUGACCUCCACGCUGACUACUCUGGCGCCCUCAGACCUCCACCUUCUCACCGACUCGCCAGGCUUGUUUGACGGAACCCUCAGCGUGGCGACACCGGCGGCAGUGCCGGCGGUGCGGGCCACUCGAACAGAACAGGACCGAACGGGUGCCACCCGCGCGCUGUUUGGUUCUCUGCCGGCGGCUCCCAGUCGAGAGUUCAAACCGUCUGCCACGGUCACGGCCGCUUCCGACGGACCCGUGUCGUCUGUAAGAGGUCUGGCAGGGAGGUUCUCCGUGGAUGAGGAACAGCCGACUAGUGUGUCCGCUGUGAGCCGACCUCGGCCGACGGCCGCUGAGGGGACUCGACCGAGCUCACCAAGGCGACCGCCAUUCCGCGUGGCAAGUCCAUCAGGUGCGGACUCAGUGGAAGACGGUGCGACAGUCUCUUCGACGACUCCGGUCACAGCUGAGUCCAGCUCUCCGGUACGACCAGCAGUAGCUACCACGCAAUCAACCACGCCUGACAUUCAGUCUUCACUGAGUGAGAGUGAUGUACCCGAUGCAGGUGCCAUCUCGGACGGCCGCACCAUCCUGGCCUCCUCCUCCUCCUCGGCCCGCGCCACCCCCAGUCUGACCGUCCCCGGUCGGAGUCGGUUCUCCGGCGUCCCUCUCUUCCCCCGCCCCCGUCAGACGACAUACAGAGCGGUCACCAGCUCCGGCACCGUUCUCAUCUUCGGAGAGCUUGUAACCGGCCCAGCCAUCAACCAGCGGCAAUCGGAGUCUUCUUCUCGUCGAUCACCGUUCGGACGGACGGUGGCGGCCGAGGAUGUCAGCCAGGUGCUGGCCACAUCCGCACUCGUCACCGGCAUAGCCACCAAGGUCAUGAACAACGGGGUGCCCGUCCUGGUAGCAGGGGGCGGCGUGCCGCCGGAGCAGGUGGUCAGUAACGGCCAGGUGGUGUUCAACUCGGGCACGCUGACCCUGCCGCCGGUGUCGCUCAGUGACGUGGUGUCGCUGAUGCCCAGCUCUGAGACCGACCCCGAGCUGGGCACCCGCGGCACGUCCGGCUUCGACCAGCGCUUCUACCGGACGCAGACGUACUACACGACCUUCACCUACCUGGUGCGCCGCGGCGGCCAGGCCGGGGUCACCACCUCGCGAGAGACCGUCUCCAACGUGGUCACUGUGCCGGCCACAGCCGCCGCCCGACCGCAGUCCACGCGCUUCGAGACGGCUACAUACUUCACCACGUUCACCUACUUCACCACCACAACGCGGGGAGCGCAGGAGCAGGUCACCUCCUCGCAGGAGGUGGUGACGCGCGUGGUGGUGACGGAGGCGCCGGCCACCGCCCCGCAGCAGGUCACCAAGACCUACCUGUCAACGGUGACUCUGUUCGACACGGCGUUCAUAUCGGGCACCCAGGUGCUCCGCAGUCGCAGCACCAGCGUCAUCACGCAGCUGGACGUGGGGCCGCCGGCUGAAGAGGCGGCUGUGCGCCCGUCCACGGUCCGGCCGCCGAUCCAGGCCACGGCCGCGCCGUCCCCACUGGCUCCUGUCCGGCCGCCGCCCGCCGUCGACCCGAGUCUGCCGCCAGUCGGCGAACAGGACGAGAUCCACGUGGUGGCCACCAAGACCUACUACACGACCAGCACGUUCUACACCACCCUGCUGGAGGGCAGCGCCACCGUGGUGCGCACCAGGACUGAGGUCACGUCCCGCGUCCAGACGGAGAAGGUGACCACCCGCCUGGCGGCCUCCCAUCUCAGUUCCCUGCGGGGAUCGCUCACGAGGACUGUCUCGCCGGCGGUCGCGCUCACCCGCACCCCGACCCUCGGCCAGGCUGCUGCGCUGUCCACUGAGAACAGGCCGAGCCAGGCGCAGGCCACGGAAACGAAACCAACCUCGACGCUACUGUCGGGGGACUUGGAGACCGCCGGGCCAGCGGCAGGACAGGGACAGAGUGGGUUCCAGAUUCCGGAGCCAGCGUCCGUGGUUGAGAGUUCGGUCCUGACUCCAGUCGAGAACGUCGACCAAACCCAGGAGCAGAGUUCUACGGACCCAGUGACCGCAAACGCUGAGCUGACAUCUACAACAUCUUCGGAUGACGCCGGGUCAGCCAACAAGCCGACGACCGCCGCGACUGCAUCUCCAGCCGCUCAGGAAACCAUCGUAUUUGUCGAGACCGCUUCGCCUGCCGCCGGAGGCAGCGGCAGCUCGCCUUCGAGCUCCAGCACGGCAGCUCUGACUGUCAGCACCACGCCAGCGCCCGGCAGCCCCAGCACCACCAGCAAGCCACCGGCAGAGGCGCUCGGUAAUCUGGCCGGCAGUCUGCUGAGCCUGAGCGGCCUGGGCGCGGCCGGACUGAGCGGCAUCAACAUCGGCUCCAUGGUGGACACGGCCGCCGGCCUGUUCCGCAACGUGCUGCCGCUGGCGGUGCGGCGCGACGGCUCGGCCGGUGUGCCGCCGGAGCCCGUGCGGCCGCCGCCCGCCGUCCAGGUGCAGCAGAGGAACCCGGCCUUCAUCCCGGUCGGCGGGCUGGCCAACAGUCUGCGCCGUGAGCAGCAGCUGGCCACCGCCGAACCUGCAGGGCUGGGCGGGCCCAGCGGACCGGUACUGGCUGUGCGCGGCCCAGACGGGCAGGUGAUCCCCAUCAGGGGAGUGCCCAGCACCGGCCGCCGCCCACCGCAGCGCUCCGGCGUACCGGCGCGCCGCCAGGACCGGCCGCGCCGUCCAGGCCCGCUUCGCCGGCCUCCGGGACCCAACGGGCGACCGCUGCGGCCGGCCAACCGCCGCAAGCAGCCGCCACCGCCAAACGGGUUCAUUGCCGUGUUCCCCAACGGCCAGGAGCCGUCGCGCGGCCAGCCGGAGGAGAACUUCCUGCAGCUGGAGCGGAUCGAGGACCGGCCCGGCCAGCCGUUCCAGUUCCAGCUGCCGCACCAGCUCGGCCCGGCCGCCGGCUCCACCCGCGUCCACGUGUCCAUCACCACCGGCGCAGAGACGCAGUUCGUCCGACCGACAGCUGUCGACGGCCGGCCGCCGUUCUCGGCGCCCCAGCCGCAGCCGGUGGUCGUCGUCGGUGCGACGCUGGCUUCGGAGUUUGACGCCAACCGGAGGGUCGAUCAGUCGUCUCCAGACUCGGGCAGUCAGCCGACCUAUGUCGAGGCGGAGCUCGGUGGAAACACAGGAGGCUUCAGCAACGAGCUGACCGGCCAGGGUUUCACCGGGCAGCAGGAGUUCCUCGGAGGCGGUUUCGCCGACCAGCAGGGCCUUGAUGACCAGGAGUACGCGGCCAGCGUACAGGGUCCGUUCGGCACCGGCCAGCUGACGUUCUUCGACAGCUCGGACGGCGGGUUCCAACCGGACUCGGAGCGACGCAGGCCACUGGUCCGACCACCGGUACCGGUGCCGAACCAAGUCCUCUGGCCGCCCAGGAGCACCUCCACGCUGCACACCACCGCCUCGCUGGAGGGCGACAACAGGAUCGUUGGCACCAACGUGUUCGCCGACGUGGUGCCCAUCACCACCCGGCCGGCGGUGAUCCAGUUCCAGCCGAACCCCAACAGACCGCGCCGACCGCCGCCAGUCCGCCCGGCCCCGUCCGCCCCGGCAUUGACCCCACAGGUCACCCGAGGACCCGAGUUCACACGGCCGCCGGCCCCGGCAUCCGCUCCGGCUCCAGCCCCUGCUCCGGUUCCGGUCCGGAAUCGGAUUCCUAACCAGGCGACCCUUGAGGUUCCUGUGCCGAUCUCCGGUCAGGUUCCUGUUCCGGUGUCGAUUGUGAUCCCCGCAAGGAAUCCGGUUCAGUCAGGAGGAAUCUUCAACAGGCCUAACACGGAGUCCGUCAUCCGAGUAACAACUGAGGAAGCCAUAACGGAGACGUCGCCAUCAGAGGCACCGGAGAUAGGCGCUCCCCAGGAGCCCCGUCCCGACGUGGGAGGUGACGACCUGGAGCUCUCUGCUUCCACCGAAAGGGGCCAGACCGCCAAGAAGCCUCAGCAGACCUCGGGUUCCAUCUCCGGCGACGAGGAGAACAACAAGAUCAACUUCAUCGUCACAUCGAGCUUCGAGUCGUCGACGGCCACUCCGACUACCACCGGCACUCCGAGCCUGGCGUCCACCCGCCAGCCCAUCCGGCUCGCUGACAGGAUCCGGCAGACCCUGCUGGCCUCUCUGAGCAGCGCAGCUGCCGCCUCCGCCUCGGCCUCCUCAGCGUCCUCCUUCUCUCCCUCCUUCCCGUCUUCCACCGACCUCGGCAGUGACGCGGGAUCGUCCGUCCGCAUCGGUUCCACCACGGCCAUCCUGGGCCCGGACGUGCGCACCCUGCGGCCCGACACUCGGACGACCAGCCGCCACCACAGCUCGGAGACGGUGAUCAGGGGCGAGUCGACCGUGUUCGGCGGCCUGUUCACCCGGCCGGCGCUGCCUUCGGAGAGCGUGCACGACAUCACGGAGAUCGUCAACGGGCCCGGCCACCAGCCGGUGACCAAGUACAUCACCCGGACCGAGCAGUUCACCCGCACCGUCACCGCCACCAAGACCGACAUCCGGUUCGAGGGCAGUGCGGUGGUAACCAGCACCAAGGUGAUCACCAGCACCCUGCCGCCCAUCACCAUCGUCUCCACCGUCAUCGGCACGUCCACGCAGAUUCACACCCUCAACACGGCCACUCCGACUCGGGUGGAGCCUCUGCGGACCGCCAACACCUCCACCCGCCAGCCCCCGACGCCAUCCACCCCGCCACCACCUCCGCCGCCACCCCGCCGGCCUGAGCCGACCACGAACCGGGAGCGAGAGCGGGAGAGAGACAGGGUAUCCGUGGCGGGCGUCCUGCUGGCGGACUCGAUCGACCUCGAUGGCGCCCAGCAGGGCAUCACUGACGACAACGAGGUCAACCGUGUGGUGAUCAGCCCCGGCGCCGGCCAGCACCUGGUCGUCGAACAGGCCGAGGCGGUGGCCACGCGCUGCCAGAGACCCUGCCUCGAGGCCAUCUUCGAGACCUGUCGGCCCAUCGGCGGAGUGUACCAGUGCGCCUGCAGACCUGGCUUCGCUCGCGCUCGGGAGCAAGACCCCUGUGAACCCACGCUGACGUACCGCCUGCAAGUGCUGCUGGACCGUGUGAACGACAUCCCGCUGUCGUUCCGGCCCCAGUUCGCCGACCGCUCUUCGGCCGAGUACGAACAACUGGCGCGCAUCACCGAGCGCGGCCUCCAGGAGGCGCUCAUCGACACCGAGCUGGGAGACCGGCUGCACACGACCAAACUGAUGGGCUUCGUGGAGACCGAGGCGGCCGGCGCGCCCGGCCUGCCACGCACCCGCCCGCCGCCCAGCCUGGACGGCCUGCUGGCAGAGCUGAUGGUUCAGGUGUCUGAGCGGGAGAGCGACUCCCUGGACCGGAGCUCCCUGCGGCACACGCUGGCGGAGGCGCUGCGCAGCACCAACUACUCGAUGGGCGGCCAGCAGCUGGUCGUGUCACAGCACAGCGACGCCAUCACCGCUCUCGACUUUGACGAGUGCCAGGACGGCGACUACAACGACUGUCACGAGCAGGCCUUCUGCUACAACCUGGCCGGCACGUUCACCUGCAGCUGUAGGGACGGCAUGGUCGACCUCAACGUCAACGACGCGCCCGGCAGGGCCUGCUCCACCGAGUCGGCCGGCUGCAAGGAGUGCAGCUACAGCGGCGAGUGUUACGCCCAGGACGGCGGCGGCACCGGCUGCCGCUGCCACCGCUGGUACGCCGGCACUCGGUGCCAGAUCAACCUGCGCGUGCUGCUGAUCGCGCUGGUCACCGUCGGCGCCGUGCUGGCGCUGAUGCUGUGCGCCUGCUGCUUCCUCUGCUGCCGCCGCCGCCGCGGACGGAGCCACGUCGCGCCGCCACUCGUAUUCACGGGUCCGGCUGGCUUCCUGCGACACCGCGGCACCGACCUCGGCAACCCGGUCCUCGACCGGAGGGCGAUGCUGGACAGCAGCAGCGACACCAGCGCCACCAGUCCGCCGCGGAUGCUGGGCGCUCCGCCACCGGUCAAUAAGAGGCCGGCACCAGUGCCUCCCGCCUCUGUGGCGGGCCGCAGCCGCCGGUCAGGCCGCACCAACGCCAGCUUCCAGGAGGAACGCAGCCUGGCGAGCACGGCCAUCCGACCGGCUGUGUUCAUCCCGCGCGCCAAGCACCGUCACCCGCAGCCGCGGCCGGCCAGCGCCGCCUCGUCGGCGGUGCGGGUCGGCCCAGACGGCGGCGCCGACCUGCGAGCCAGCCAGUCACGUCUGAUGAGCGUGCUGGAGCCGGCCGGUCGCGGUCGCAUGCGGCCCCGCGCGGGGACCUUCACGGCGCCCCAGCGCAGCGCGCGCAGCGUCAGCGGGGGCCGCCGACCGCGGCGGGAGGAGGCCGUCAGCCACCAUCCGACCGGGCGCAGUCGCAGCUCAGACAGCCUCAGUCUGAGGGCCGAGUCCAUCGGCGGGGACGCCGACUACAGAGCCCACUCCUUCUUCAGGGAGAGGACAAUGUCGGAGGCACGCUCGUACGACGAGACGACGAUCCGGCCGAGUGUGCGCAGUGUGCGCGGCUACGGCACCCAGCGCAGCCGGCGCAGCUCCCUGGCCGGCAGCUCACAGAUGCUCACAUACGAACAUCAUACAAUGGCCGAACGGGACGCGGCGUCCACAUUCGUGAUGCCGGAGACCCAGCUCUUCCGGCCUCAGGCGGACUCGGACGCGCUCUCCGAGUUCAGUGUGGUCGACGACUUCCCUCAGAUCCACGGACGGCGCAGCUCUCGCGCGGCGUCGGCCGCCGGCAGCCGACGGGGCCCGCGGUGAGGCCGCCGAGACCCGCCGACCUCGUAGUGACCCGCCGCGCCGGCGCGGCGCGGACGCCGAGUGAACUAUUUAUUGGUGCGCGCCGCGCGGCGGCCGACGGGCGGUCGGCCGGGCCGCGGUGGGUGCGGCCCCGGCCACCCGCCGUCGUCCGAUCACAUCACACACAGGGAGGGAGACGCCGCUCCCAGUCGCUUUAAGUUGUUAUUCGUUAUUCCUUGUGCUGCCGGGUGCCGUCUUCGGGUGCCGUCGGUACCCAGCCACUCGUAUGUGUGAGAGGUACUUGCUCAAGAGUUCUGCCCUCUUCUCCGUAGUGAAUCGAGCCGUGGAGAGUAGAUGCAGAGUUGCGCGUAGUGAGUGAUAUUGGUCGUUUUGUACAUACCUCCACAGUCAGAGGGCCUGUGUUGUUUUGUUCGUGAGCAGACGGUGCUAUCCAGGGUGUGUGCUCGGAAAAGUGAAGAUAUUGUGAUUGUGCCAAACUAAGUUUGUGCUCUACCUAUGCUAGAACAGGACGCGAAACAGACACCUGACUUGUGUACAUAGAACUCGACAGCCGCUGACACGAGAUGGGCCGUAUGAACGCCCCUCACAGGGAAUUUCCAGUAGGUGGUGGGAUCAAAUCGAAAAUGUGAUGCGCCAGAAAUAAUAUUUUUAUGUGCAUGAGAGAUCAUUCGUGAAAUAUAUGUUUAUAAUAUAA